AGUGAGCUGGGGCCAGGGGGUUGGUUAUCACAGAGUUAGAAUCCCAUUGGUGACUGGGACAGAAAUGAUCUCUAUAUGUUUGAGUGGGAAGGAGCACAUAGAAACACAGUGAAACAGCCUGGCGUUCACAGACACCAGACUCAGGACAUCUGUUUGCGUAUCCUGCAGCCGCAUCACCCAGGAGAUUGUGACGGAAUGGCAAGUCCAAUACUCAAGUGGCUGAUGGUGAUUCAGCUCUUGCUGCUUGAAUGCGUCCACUCCCAGCCUGCCGCUCCGCCGGGCCUGAAGGUCCUGCGGUACCAAAACAUGACCCUGGAGGAUGACCGAAAGCCAGAGCAGCUGCUGACCACCUCUGGACCUCCACUGCAGGCUGGCCUCCCAUCUGAAAACACAGCAGGACCCCCAGGGCCAGAUGGAGACUCAGGUAUUGAGGAAGAGUCACCUGAUGGGACCCUCCACCUGGCGAGGAGUAUCAUGGCGAUGCUCCGGGAGAAGAUGCGGCCCGUCAGCCUGGAGGGCAGCGUUAGCUGUGAGGAGCUCCUGGCAACAGCAUCACCGGACAGCUCUGCAUCUGCUCUCUUCCCCCGUGAGCUGCUGGGGCUGUCCCUAGUGCCAGUUCUGGUGGCUGCUGGCUGCUCUAGAGAGGCCCAGGUCCUGGUUCUGCAGUUAUUUGAACUACUGGGACAGGAGGAUACGGAGGAGCUACUGCUUGACCUGGAGGAACUGUUGGAGAGGAACCGCAGGCUGCAAGCCACCAGCUCCCCCAGCAGGGCAUGGAGAGAGUCACACCUACAAGCUGUUAUGUUCAAUAUCCAGCAACUAGCCAAGACUGAGGAGGAGUGGGGUCAGAAUGUGGGAAACAGAGUGGCUGGGGGGGAUGAUGAGUGUCAGGGCUGGAUAAGGGUGAAUGGAACUCAGCUUCUGGGCCAGGCGGCCGAGGAGGAAGGGGGAAUGGCAGCGGCAGUGCGUGCCUGUGAGAUUCUGGGCUACAAGUGUGCCGGGGUGUCCCCUGGUGUCACCUUGGGCCUUUACAGGGCAGUGCUGAGAAGACAAAGCCGCGUGGUGCCCUCUGCUGACUCGGAGUGCUGGAUCCGGGAGUGUGGGUUGCCCCGCACUGGGCGUGUCACGCGCAGCACCGAGCAACACUGUGUCGACAAGAGAGAGGAGCGUGUCUACAGCGUGGUGGAGUGGAUCCCCGCAGUGAGCACACUCUAUGGCCUGGGCACUGCUGUUUACUAUGCGUCUGUCAAUUGCUCUACCACGGCAAAGGAGAGGGCCCUCCUCAGUGCUGUGGACCUGGGCACCGACGCCCUGAUGGCUGUGACGGGGGGCACAGUGGGGGUGGCAGGCUAUGCGCUGGGGGCUGGCGUGAAGACGGGCGUGAAAGCAGGGAUCAAGUACCUCCUCAAGAACAUGAACAGCGAAGAGGACAUAAUCAUGAACCAGAAUAUCUGGUCCACCACUUUCACUAUUGAGUAAUGCUUCAUAGAGGACAUUUCCUCAGCUUCACAGAGGUUGAAUAUUUACCCUCGCUCCAAAUACAGACCUUAAAGGUAGUACUCAUCCCCAGUCCUGGUCGCAGAGUGGCCCCAAGCACAGGGGACAAUAGACAAAUACCGGAUCACUUGUUUGGUGAAGUUCUGUUUAAACUGAAGUUCUGCUUCAGUAGAAGCAUAAAUUGGGAAAGGAAAUUCUAAGCUUGAACUUUUGUUCAGUUACUCAUUAAUUUCACCACAGACUAGUUCCUCACAUUAUGUACUAGCAAGAGAUUCAGAGAACCAGGCUGAUACUGUUUAUUUAAACAGAGGCAGACCUCAGCGUUUCUUUGGACUGAGAGAAAUGUUGUCCACAGAGACACGAUUAUUUUCUCUUAAAAGCAUAACAGGGAAAUUCGGUUAAAGACUAAGAAUUCCGCCUUUUUUAGGUUUUCAAACAGACAACCAUUAAGUAAAUCAGUGCAGGUUUUUGUAUAUACAGCAGGCAGUGACACCCAUUAACCAGAUCUUCACAAAUAGUUUUAAGAAUGGUUGUAGAUGUAGCCAUUUGUUGUACAUCUACACAGGACAUUAGCAAGACUUGUAGAAAGCAAAGGAAGAACCUCAUUAUCUUAGACUGCAACAUUGUAACUGAAGUGUAGCAGAAAUAUUUGCCAUUGAAUGUGAUACAGUAUGUAAAUUUGAAAUGUAGAUCAUUUAAAUUCACACUUUUAGCCAGAGAGCUUUUUAUGUUUCUAUAUUCAUUGCUUUUUGCAUAUUAUAUCUAAUUCUGUUCAACCAAGGCAACAUAGGCCACAUCGGGCGGCGUUUUCUGCCAACUUAGCUGAUUUCACUUUGUCUUUGCCACACAGGGGGCACCACACAGGGGACACCACACAGGGGGCGUUACACAGGGGACUCCACACAAGGGGGCUUUACACAGGGGGCGUUACACAGGGGACUCCACACAAGGGGGCUUUACACAGGGGGCAUUACACAGGGGACAUUACACAGGGAACACCACACAAGGGGGCGUUACACAGGGGACGUUACACAGGGGGCGCUACACAGGGGGCGUUACACAGGGAACACCACACAGGGGGCGUUACACAGGGGACACCACACAGGGAACACCACACAAGGGGGCGUUACACAGGGGACGUUACACAGGGGACACCACACAGGGGGCGUUACACAGGGAACACCACACAGGGGGCGUUACACAGGGAACACCACACAGGGGACGUUACACAGGGGACGUUACACAGGGGGCGUUACGCAGGGAACACCACACAGGGGGCGUUACACAGGAGACACCACACAGGGGGCGUUACACAGGGGACACCACACAGGGGGCGUUACACGGGGGUGUUACACAGGGAACACCACACAGGGAAAGCCACAUGGGCUAUGAAUAUACCACAGUUUCCUGAAAUGACUUUUAAAAGAUCAGCUAUAAUUAUUGCAAUCCCCAUUAUGUAAACCAGAUGGGUCUUCGCUGUGCUGUGUGUAAUUUACGCUCCAUGAUGCAAUUUGUGUCAAGAAUGUACAGUAAAGAAUUGAAAAUGA